GAAAUCCACGUGUGGAGUACGUAGAACAACACGUAUGAGGUUGCACCAAAUGCUGAUACAUAUGAGUUGCAUCCAAAUAACAUCCCCAAACUCACAACUCAUUCACACUCCCAAGUUCAUGGCGUCUUGAAGAAGCUAGAAGACGAAAGACAAAUAAAACAAAAACAAACACCACCGAACAAGCCAACACCGCAUGCAAAAAUGGCGCCAAAAACAAAACCAAAGAAGAAGCGAAGCCCUUCCUCCGAGUCAGAACCUGAUGGAAUGUUUUCAGGAAUGGUGGUUUUCUUCGUCCCCAAAGGAGUCCAACCACGUCGGUUGCAGGUUUGGAAGCAGAGGUUGGUGCAAAUGGGUGGUGUGAUUGAGGAGCGCCUCUCCAGACGGGUCACUCAUGUUUUUGCAAUGGACUCUCAUACUCUUCUCAAAGAACUGGACAAGGAGCGUUUAUCACGUUUUAAGGGGAAAGUUAUCCUUUACCAAUGGCUGGAGGACAGCUUGAAAUCUGGGGAAAAACUAUCUGAGGACAUGUAUGAGCUGAAGUUGGAUCCUCAAAGUGCAGAUAUUCCUCAUAAGCCUUUGAACUCUAAGCCAACUUAUGGAAACUUGUCAAGUGAUUCUCAGCAAUCACCGAGUAAAAAGAUCAAGUUAUCUUCUGAAGAAACAAAGGUUGCAGAUCUCAAAAGUAAUGAAAAUAAAACAGAAAAUUCUCCACUCAAAAUGGAUAAUAUUGCAAAUGCUGACAUUAUACAUUUUAUGUUUCUUUGUUCCUGUUGAAACUGUUCUAACAAUGGGAGGGCAUUGCAGUCAUCCUUGCCAUACUGUCCACCUGACCUCAACAAGAAUAUAACAGAGAUAUUUGGAAAACUUGUUAACAUAUAUAGAGCACUGGGUGAUGAUCGGAGAUCCUUCAGCUAUUACAAGGCUAUUGCAGUGAUUGAGAAGUUGCCGUUUAAAAUUGAAAGCACAGACCAGAUCAAAGACCUGCCUUCUAUUGGAAAAUCAAUGAAAGAUCAUGUUCAGGAGAUAAUAACUACUGGGAAGUUAUCCAAACUGGAACACUUUGAAACUGAUGAGAAGGUGCGGACAAUAUCCUUAUUUGGAGAAGUAUGGGGUAUUGGUCCUGCCACAGCACUGAAAUUGUAUGAGAAAGGACACCGUACAUUAGAUGAUCUAAGGAAUGAUGAUUCACUUACAAAUGCACAAAAGUUAGGGUUGAAAUACUUUGAUGAUAUCAGGCAACGAAUUCCACGCCAUGAGGUUCAAGAGAUGGAGCGCAUUUUGCAGAAAGUUGGGGAGGAAGUUUUGCCUGGGGUUAUUAUUGUUUGUGGAGGAUCAUAUAGGCGCGGGAAGGCUACUUGUGGUGACAUUGAUGUUAUUAUAACACAUCCUGAUGGACAAAGUCACAAAGGAUUUUUGCCAAAGUUUGUACAGUGUUUAAAGGAUAUUGAUUUCCUGAGAGAGGAUUUAGUUUUCAGUACUCAUAGCGAAGAGGGUACUGACUCUGGUGUUGACACUUACUUUGGCUUUUGCACUUAUCCUGGACGGGAGUUGCGACAUAGAAUUGAUUUAAAGGUCUACCCAAGGGACAUAUAUGCUUUUGGACUAAUAGCUUGGACAGGAAACGACGUAUUAAAUAGGAGGUUGAGACUGCUUGCUGAAUCUAAAGGAUUUCGGCUUGAUGAUACAGGCUUGUUUCCAGCUACUCAGGGUUCUGGAGGCAAACGGGGUGCAAAAGGUAUUGCAAGUUUGAAAUUUGAUACGGAGAAGGAGGUGUUUGAUUUCUUGGGCUUUCCUUGGCUUGAACCACAUGAAAGAAAUCUUUAAACAUUCAAUGGCUUGCUGUUGGAAAGUGGUCUCCUUCCUGAUUUCCAUGCACUCUUUAUUCUAAUCUUACAGAAUAUGAUGUAUCUAAUAUCUAAUUAUCUAUCCAUCCAUGAGGCCUUCUUUUUUGGUGUCUGUAUUGGGGCCAUUUUUGUUUUGUUGGGGGUAGACAGGGAGGGGAUGUCUAAAAAUGUAAAUAUAUAUAAACUAUAUAUUUUGUGUAUAAAGUAGUUCAAUGUGAUGAUGUGUUUCUUGAAAUGUUUAAAAUGCAUUAUGAGUUUGAAGG